AGCAGGACUAAUCUUUCUGACAGCAAAUCAAAACACAGUCACAGAAUAUUUCAUUUGCGGCAUCUCCACGGAAGUACUCACUAAGAACUGAACCGGUGGACUCAUUGGAAAAGACAGUACUAAUAAGUGGGGUAUCCCUCUGAAUUUUAGGAAUACAUAUCCCCAGCUUGACGUUCACAGGAACCAUGAAGCUUCGGCUGCACUUUGUGGUGGACCCCAUGGGCUGGUUCUGCAUCAGUGUGGUGUUUGCCAUCUGGCUCUACAACUCCUUCUUCGUCCCCAAGUUGGUGCUGCUGCCACAUUUCUAUGAGGGUCAUAUCCACUGGGCCUUGGUUGUCGGUUACUACUUAGCAUCAGCCUUCUGUAUGGCAGCACUUUUUAGAGCUUCUACAGCCGACCCUGGCAGACUCCCAACCGAACCCCACAUCCCUCACUCAGAGCGAGAGCAGUGGGAAAUGUGUAGCAAGUGCAACAUGAUGAGACCGAAAAGGUCCCACCACUGCAGUCGUUGUGGCCAUUGUGUACGUAGAAUGGACCACCACUGUCCAUGGAUCAAUAAUUGUGUAGGGGAGGACAACCACUGGCUCUUUUUGCAGCUCUGUUUUUACACACAGGUCCUCAGUUUGUUCACCCUGGCUCUGGACUUCUGCCAGUACUAUUACUUCCAGUCCUUAACAACAUUGGACCAGGAGGCAUUUACUGCGCGUCACGAGCUCGCCCUGAUACGAGUGUCUGCGAUCAUGGGUCUGGUGAUGUUCGGAGGCAUGAGCAGCCUCUUCUACACUCAGCUGGCUGGCAUCCUGACAGACACCACCACCAUUGAGAAAAUGGCUAACUUCUCAAAUAAAAUAGGCGGGGCUGGUGGUGGGUCAAAGGAAUCCUGGCAGCGGACUCUGGCUGAGGUGUUUGGCACCACCUGGAAAGUCCUGUGGUUCAUCCCGUUGAGGAGCAGGCAACCGCUGACCUUUCCCCACCACUUCCGCACUCACGUGUAGAUAAGUGAAGGAGCGCUGUCCCACUUCGAACCAGACGAUAGGCUGCCAUCUCUGACAGAGAAUACACUGUGCACACAUUCGGCACCCCCCCCCCCCCCGCCUGCCUUCACCUCCCUGUUUUGUGCCAUCUAAGCUCGGUGGUAGUCUUGGUUGGCCAGUGGAUACACACAGUCUUUUUGUCUUUCUCUCUAGGAGUAGGAUUGACAGUGCCUGAACUGGAUCACAAACUCGAGUACAUGUUACCAAGUGCAACCUAGUCCCCUUUCUAAUCAUUACUAGGGGCUCCAUUGUGCUCUAUUGUCCCAUUGCGGAAACCACUUUAAAGGGAAAUUGCUUUUGAGAGAAACUCAAAAGGAAAUCACUAAGAACCUCAAGUUGAUUGUAGGACCAUGUAGACCUUCAAACGACACUAAAUAUUAACCCUAACUCUGUCCCCAAUACACAGCCUAAUUUUUCUAUAAUUUGUGCCAUGACACUUUUAGUCAGUCUCCCAAAUGGUUUGGAUACACGCUUUUUUACAGAAGGCUAUAUAAGUCAUUAUUUUGGGAAGAAGUUGGCAAGUUGGUUUAUGGGUUGCUAUAUUGUAAAGCAGUACCAUGAUUUAACUGCAUUCCAUAAGUAUAUGGUUCAAGGGUUCCUUUGCUUUACUGUUUACACUAAUAUUUAUUUUAAAUAUUUUUUAAAAGAUGCUCCUACCACUAGUAACACCUUAAUAUUAACUACAUAGUAACCAACCAUGAGUUAUUUUCCAUUCACAGCGGUAAUGUCUUGUGUUCCACUUUCAUUACUAUCAAUUAGACAACGUUUCCACAGAAGUGCUGAACUUUCACAGAUAUCCAGGAUUAGAAACAUCUCACAAUGCUAGAAAGUCAUCUGUUAUAAAACACUAUGUUUGCUUGAGACUUUUUCAAACCUCUACACUGCCUAUUGCCAAAUUAUUUAACCUUACCAAUGAAGAUGAUUUGAAAAAUGUCCCAAUGGAGAGUCACAGUGAAACAAGUGGAUUGUAUCAACAUUUAUUUCCAGCUAUACCAAAUACUUGUAUUUAUAUCUAUCUGCUGUUGUACACUUGGCUGUAACAUUGUGCAAAUGCACUGAUAUAUUACCUCUAUAUUCUUUUGUACACAUUCCACAUUUUUUCAACAUACAUAUGCUGUAGAAAUCUUUGACGAAUUACUCCUCUUUUAAUCUUUUAACAUUUUUAUUUCAAUGUUCUCAUCACUUGUUGAGUUGAUCAUUUUUUUAUGUAUUGAAUGUAUGAUGAUAACGUUGUCUCCUGUACCUAAUGUAAGACCCAGUGGAGUCUCAGAACACUGUACAUGUAAGUGAGUAGGCACCGAUUGAUGUUGAUUUGUUCUUAUGUUGAAUGUGGGGACGGCUGCUGUAAAUUGUCUGUCAUAUUUCUAGUUUCUCCUUUUCUGUAGCUUGAUUGGUCGUAAAUGGUAGUGGACGCUGGAAUAUUUUUUGUUGUUGUAAUAACAAUAGGGUCUUUAAUUUGAAUUUCCUGGUUGACAUUGUAGUAUGUUUUCUACUCUUUACUUCAUCAUAUAAGAUGCAUCAUAUAUGGGGAAUGUUAAUGUUACAAUAAUGAAAAAUACAUGUUUUUCGUUUAGAAAUAUUUGUCAAUGGCACGUCACCAAUAGGAGUGCCACCAACUGUCUUAAACCAUGUACAAUUUUUGUUUUUUAACACUACAUAAACUGUAAGUCUAAAAAGGACCCUGGUGAGGAACUGUAUGCUCAUUUCAUCAACUGGUGUCCCACAGGGCUUGAUGCUAGGUCCCCUGCUGUUCCCAUGUGUGUCUUCUACACUCCCCAACCCUCCCCUACUUAAACGUUAUCUCUCUCCUAACUUCAUCACUUGUGAUGGAUCCUCCAUUGUCUUAUGACACUAUAUAAUGUAAUGUACCACUUCCUCUGUAAUCAUUCAACUUCGUGCUACUGAAAUCUGCACUUUAUUACAUCCCAUGAUCUUAGAAUUUAGCACUUUUUGAUUUUAGUAAGGAAUUUGCCAUUAACCUUUGCCAUAGCAUUAACAUAGGUAUUUUUUAGUUGGUUGUUUAGCCCCCUUAUUAUAAUUAACUUUUAAUAAGUGGCUCUAGAUAAGUGUCUAUGCUAAAUUACAAAUGUACUAGGAAGGAGAGUCCACAUAUACAGAUGUAGGAUCUUAAUUUGAGCCAGUUUGCACGAACAAUUAUCCUGCAACAACAGGACGUGAAUUAUUAUGUGGAUUAUAAUGAAUUGACGUUUUGUUGAAUUGAUACAUUUUUCAUAA